AUGGCGCCACAAAACCAGCUCGGAAAGCGCGUCAAGCUGACGCAGAUCCGUCGGCCGUUCAUCGUCGGAAGCACUGCUCGCCCAUUCUCCGAUACCAACCCGCGACCGGCAGGCAUCCCCGACAACCACACUCACUCAUGGGAUGUCUUUGUCAAAGGCCUUGACGACACCGACAUCACUUACUGGCUGCGGCGAGUGCAGUUCAAGCUCCACGAGUCGAUUCCCAACUAUGUGCGAAUGGUCGAGGGCGAAGCGGGAAAGCCAUUCCUCGUCAGCGAAACCGGAUGGGGUGAAUUCGACAUUACGAUCAAGCUAUACUACGUCAAUGACUCUGGCGAGAAGCCCCAGACUCUGUACCACUACCUGCGCCUCCACCCCUACGGUCGAACUGAAGAGGAAAAGCAAUCUAUGGUGACCAGCAGCGGCGAGGUCCGAUCCUGGAGCUACGACGAGCAGCUCUUUAACGAACCCUACGAAGCCUUCUACAACCUGCUUACCGCAGGCGCAGUCCCCAAGGGAUGGAAACCCUCGGGCGGAAAGGGCAAGGGGAAGAACCGCGCACCACCCGCAUUGCCGCCAGCCGACAGUCAGGACGUCUGGGAGCACUCGGCCAUGAUUCCAGCGCAUAACCGCCCGGGGCAACCAUUCAGUCUGGAGACGGAGGCCGCUGAGAUUAAGAAGCUGGCCGAUGCCCAGGCACAGACCGAGGAGAUGAGCAAGAAGAUACUCGCCGAGCUCAAGGCCAAGGAGGAGCUACUGGCCAGCCUCAAGGCAGAGAACGCCACGGCUGCCGCUGCAGUCAAGCCCUCCUAG